AUGUCGCUGAGGAACCAGAGACCAGGAGCUGAUGCGGAGACAACUGCGGCCCAAGCUCCGGCUCCUCAGCCCGGCUCACCAGCCAAGCCGGGUCCAAUGGCGCCUCCAGCACCCGGCAGGGACGCUAACUCCGCCUCCUGUGACGUCACGGGCAUCAGCCACCGCCCGGCGGGGGGGGGGAACCGGAAGAGCGCCGCUCUGGGAGGUCUGUCCUCCACCGCCCCGUCCGCAGCACCCCUGCUGAGGAAGUGGAACGAUCUGGGCGGAGAACGUGGUCGCCAGGUGGAGGGAGGACCCAGGACAAUGGCUGCUGUUCAGAGCAUUGAGAUGCAUUACAUGAAUGUCCCUGUGGAGAGAGCACAAGAAGGAGAGCAGGCGGAAGAGCAGACGGAAGAGCAGACGGGCGAGCCUGGGGAUGGUUCCCAUCCUCCCAACAGCAGUAAGGUCCACAGGCUCAUCUUAAAGUGGAUGCUCCCGGAGCCGAUCCGGACAGCAUACCUGGAGAGAGCCAACUGCCUGCCCCCCCCUGUGUUCAUCAUCUCCAUCAGCCUGGCCCAGCUGGCAAUGUUUAUUUACUAUGCGGUGUGGAAGCCCCCGAAACAGUGGAUUACCUUGGACGCAGGCAUCCUAGUCAGUCCCUUUUCCUACCGUCCUGACAAGAGAGAAGAAACCUGGAGGUUCGUCUCCUACAUGCUGGUGCAUGCUGGAGUGCAGCACAUCGUGGCGAAUCUCUUCAUGCAGCUGCUGCUGGGGAUUCCCCUGGAAAUGGUCUACAAAGGCUUCCGGGUGGGGCUGGUGUACCUCGCGGGAGUGAUGGCAGGUUCCCUUGCCACUUCUAUUUUUGACCCACUCAACUAUCAGGUGGGCGCUUCAGGAGGAGUCUAUGCCCUGAUGGGAGGCUGCAUCAUGCAUUUUCUACUGAAUUUUCGAGAAAUGGUUCGUGCCUUUGGAGUUGUCAGGCUACUGAUCAUCGUCCUAAUAAUUGCAUCGGAUCUGGGAUUUGCUUUCUACAGGAAUUUCUUUGUCCCUGAAAAUGGGUUUCCGGUGUCAUUUGUAGCUCACUUUGCAGGUUUAAUUGCUGGAACAAGUUUGGGUUACUCUGUGUUUAUCUUCUUUGAUAAAGCACUGCUAAAAGAGCCACUGUUUUGGAUAGCAGUUAAUACCUAUAUAUCUUUUAUUUUAUUUACGGUGUAUUUCAACUUUCGUCUAUCUCCGGGACAGCCCGCAAGUCCGCCCCCGCCCGCCGCUGUAGGUGGCCUCGUGCCGCCGCCCCUGCUCCUCCAGCCUCCGGGCACGCCGCCUCGGACCUCGGCAGGGCCGUCCCCUUCGGCGGCGCAGCCCUCUUCCUGCCCUCAGCGUAACGAGCUCGUGCACCGGCCGCCUCCACCGUCGUCUUCCCGGGCGCCACCCCGACCGCCUCUCCAGGAGCAGCCCUCGGGGCGGCCGGCUGAGGCGCACGGGCGCGCGCCCUCUACGGCGCAUGCGCGAGGCAGCCGCUCUGCGGCCUCGUGCUCUGCCGGGCCCCACCGCUCCGCACCCGCGAGGAUUUACCAUUAUUAA